AUGAUGAUAUUGAUAUUGUUUUGUUUUUUGGGACUAAUACAAUCUAUAACAUCGAUUCAAUGUUAUACAUGCAACCAACCGGGAUUUCUCUGUUCAGUACCAUUAAAUGUUGAUGGUGGUGAUGAUAGUAAUGAAAAUGAUGUCAGCAAUCCACAUUACGGCUAUGGAUUUGUUUGUCAAAGUGAUCAUUAUAUCGAUAAUAGAACUGGCGUAGAAAAAAUAAUCCUACGUGGAAUAAAACAUUGUGAAGAUUUGAAUAUAGUUAAUCAUCGCAGAUAUUGUUGCCAUUCAAAUAAUUUAAUACUCGGUAACAAAGAAAUGUUCUCAUGGAUAUACUUUGCGCUCAAUUGUGCUCUUUUGUUCUUUUCAACAAGAAUUCAAUCACAACGGGCGUGA